UCCCCGCCACCUCCCCGCCUGUCACUACCACGCCAGAGAGCCACCAUGGCGCACGGCGGGACACGCGUGUCCGCCGCUGCCGCUCCGCGCGGGGCCGCCCGCCUGCCACUGCUGCUGCUACUGCUGCUGCUGCCGCUGCUGCCGGGCGCCGCCACCGCGCUGCGCUGCGCGGAGCCCUGCGGCCGCCCGCGCCCCGGAGCGCUGACCCGCGGAGCGCGCAGCCCGCUGGAGCCACGGCGCGUUGGCGGAACGGCGGCGGGGGACAGCCGCCCCAGGAGAGCAUCCUCAGCAGCGGGCCGGGAGCAGGUCUCCCUUAUCAGCACCUCCUUCGUGCUCAAAGGGGACGCGUCUCACAACCAGGCGAUGGUGCACUGGACGGGCGAAAACAGCAGCGUGAUCCUGAUCCUUACCAAGUAUUAUCACACUGACAUGGGGAAAGUGCUGGAGAGCUCUUUGUGGAGGUCCUCAGAUUUUGGGACGUUAUACACAAAGUUGAAUCUACAGCCUGGGAUUGCCACUGUUAUUGACAAUUUCUACAUUUGUCCCACCAACAAAAAAAAGAUAAUUCUUGUGAGCUCUUCCCAUAAUGACCGUGACCAAAGUCUUUUCAUAAGCACGGAUGAAGGAGCCACUUUCCAGAAACAACCUAUUACUUUCUUUGUGGAAACUCUCCUUUUUCAUCCAAAAGAAGAAGAUAAAGUACUUGCUUAUACCAAGGAAGGCAAGGUUUAUGUAUCCAUUGACUUGGGGAAAAAAUGGAUCCUUCUGCAGGAACGGGUUUCGAAAGAUCAUAUUUUUUGGGCUGUUGCUGGAGUUGACGGAGACCCUGAUUUAGUUCAUAUGGAAAUCCAGGACCCCAGUGGAGGUUAUCGCUACAUCACUUGCCAGAUUCAAAAUUGCUCUGAUAAGACAAUGACAGUCCAGUUUGCUGGUGGCACUGAUCGGGAUUCUCUGACUGUGCAGGAUGACUACAUAUUUCUUCAGACAACAGCAGCAAAUCGAACGAAGUAUUACGUGUCUUACCGUCGCAAUGGCUUUGUACAGAUGAAGUUGCCAAAAUAUGCAUUGCCAAAAGAUUUACAGAUAAUCAGUACAGAUGAAAACCAGGUGUUUGUGGCUGUUCAGGAGUGGUACCAGACAGACACGUACAACCUGUACCAGUCUGACCCGCAAGGUGUUUAUUACUCUCUCCUGCUGGAGAACGUCCGGAGCACAAAGCAGCCAGAAGAGAACGUCCUGAUAGAUAUUCUGGAGGUCAGAGGUGUAAAAGGAGUCUUUUUGGCCAACCAGAAAAUUGAUGGGAAAGUUACCACUCUGAUAACCUACAACAAAGGUCGUGACUGGGAUUUUCUAAACCCUCCAGACAUUGAUAUGAAUGGAAAACCAACAAACUGCAAACCUCCUGAUUGCUACCUUCACCUCCAUCUCCGCUGGGCAGACAAUCCCUAUGUGUCAGGAACAGUCCAUACGAAGGACACUGCACCAGGACUCAUAAUGGGGGCAGGUAACCUGGGGUCCCAGCUGGUUGAGUAUAAAGAAGAGAUGUACAUAACGUCGGACUGUGGGAACACGUGGCGUCAGGUCUUCGAAGAAGAGCAUCACAUCUUGUACCUCGACCAUGGUGGAGUUAUUGUGGCCAUCAAAGACACCUCUAUUCCUCUGAAAAUACUCAAGUUCAGCAUAGAUGAAGGCCAGACUUGGAGUACACAUAAUUUUACCAGCACUUCAGUCUUUGUAGAUGGAUUACUUAGUGAACCUGGAGAUGAGACACUGGUCAUGACAGUCUUCGGACAUAUUAGCUACCGUUCGGACUGGGAACUGGUGAAGGUGGACUUCAGACCAUCCUUCCCGAGGGAAUGCACUGAUGAUGACUAUGAAUCUUGGGACCUCACAAAUCUACAGGGUGAUCGUUGCAUCAUGGGCCAGCAGAGGAGCUUUCGGAAGAGGAAGAUUUCAUCAUGGUGCAUUAAAGGGAGAAGUUUCACAUCAGCUCUCACAUCCAAAGUUUGUGAAUGUGUGAACUCUGAUUUCUUAUGUGAUUAUGGGUUUGAGCGCUCUGCACCUCUGAAGUCAGAAUCUAGCAAAUGCUUUGCUGACUUCUGGUUUAACCCAGAAGCACCUCCUGAAGACUGUGUGCUGGGGCAGGCGUACACCAGCAGCACUGGGUACAGGAAAGUCGUUUCUAAUGUGUGUGAAGGUGGCGUAGACCUGCAGCAGAACUUAGCACAGCAUAUGUGCCCAUUGACUGCUCCCAAGGGACUUCAGAUCAGCAUCAGAGAAGAAAGCCUGGCUGUUAAGCCUGGAGAAGACAUCACUUUCAUCGUCAGACAGGAGCAGGGUGAUAUAUUGAAUACCAAAUACCAGGUAGAUCUUGGAGAUGGCUUUAAGGCAAUAUAUGUGAACCUUACGAUGACUGGAGAACCCAUCCGUCACCGCUAUGAGAAUCCUGGAAUUUACCGUGUCUCGGUGAAGGCGGAGAAUGUUGCUGGGCACGAUGAGGCUGUGGUGUUCAUCCAAGUCAACUCUCCACUGCAGGCUUUAAAUUUAGAAGUGGUUCCAGUCAUUGGGAGAAACCAGGAGGUCAACCUGACAGCCAUCAUACUGCCCAAGAACCCUAAUUUGACAGUCUUCUACUGGUGGAUAGGAAACAAUCUCCAGCCACUCCUUACAUUGGACAAUUUUCUGGUGACAAAGUUUGCUGAGACAGGUGACAUCAGAGUUACAGUGCAGGCUUCCUGUGGGAGCUCCAUGCUUCAGGAUUCAAAAGUUGUCCACGUUUUUGAUAAUUUUCAUGUUCUUCCUCUGAAGUUUACUAAGCACCUGGACAUGUACAACCCAGACAUAGCGGAGUGGAGGGAAGACAUAGGACGGGUGGUAACACGACUUCUUGCAAAGGAAACUAAUAUACCUGAAGAAACACUCAUGACAGUCGUGAAACCAGGUCUGCCCACAACUGCUGACUUGCAUGUGCUGCUACCAGCAAACCAACCAAAAAGGAAGAGAAGCGUGACUAGUGAUAAGAGAAUAGCGGCUAUAAAGCAGGCCUUGAAUGCACACGACAUCAGAUUUUUUCUGAGGGGAGGAUACUGGGUCUUAGUGACUUUAGCUGACUCCGAUUCAGACUCUCAGAGGAUUGGAGGAGGCAGUGGCUACUGGGCUAUUGUGGUUCUCUUUGUUAUCUGUCUAGUCGCAGUUGGGGCUUUCAUCCUCUAUAAAUUCAAAAGGAAACUGCCAGGCAGAAAUGUCUAUGCCCAGAUGCACAAUGAAAAAGAGCAGGAGAUGACAAGCCCUGUUAAUCAUAGUGAGGACACCCAGAACAUCAUCCAGGGUGAGGAGUUUAUUGAUGAUGAUCUGGACUCUCAAACACUAGGUAACGCAAGAGUGACUCCUUCUGGGAGAAGUGGCAGCUUGAACAGCUACAGAGUUCCCCUAUUGCUGAUGCCGGUCAGUGUCCAGUCCCAGGCAAUCACUCAGGCGUGGUUUUGAGCAUCAACUCCAGAGAGAUGCACAGUUACCUGGUUAGCUGAUAUUUACAGCUGAACACAAAACCCGAAAGACUCUUCUCUGUAUCGUUUUAUUUUUCUCUGGUGAUGUCACAGAAUUGCAAAUAUGGCUGUAAAUGCUGGUGGAGAGGAGAUUCCUUAUUGGUCCUGUGGAAAAAAGCAUCCAUCAUCAGUUACUGGAGGAGAAGGAUGAUACGUCUUGUGUUCACUCUAUGGCCUGGGAACGAACGUGUUACAAUUGAAACUCCAACUGUGGUAGCAUAUUUGUAGCCCUAGGCACCUUCAAUGCCACCUUCUUUCUUGUCUGUAUAUGCUCUAGUUCUUUAUGUUUAUUUUUAGAAGGAUUGACUGUAACUUUUUAAUUGUAUUUUUAAUUGAGAUAUUCAGCAGAAGUCUGGGACUCUUCAGCUCAAAAAGGUAAUUUUUACACAAGCGACUAGACCAGAACAGAUGGUUGGUUGAUCACAAUGACAUUAUUUUAGGAGGCUGAGUGUUUCUGUACUGGGAGAGGACUGAGUGAGGAGACAAAUGCACUCCUAGUCAAUACAAGCUCUUAACUUAAAAUGUGUGAGACAAUCUAAUGAAUUUAGGCUUAGGCUUUUCUAUGGAUUAAAGGAAGUGUUAAUUAAGAUAUCUCAUAAUAUAGGACAAUACUCUUGUAAGUGUAGGAGGUCCUGACAAACCAUCAACACCAGUAUCUCCCCCUAGUCCCACUCAUGUGAAAAACAAAACCACCAGCUUGAUGCUAUUUCCAGACCAGGUGCCUUCACUUGUGGACAGUCAUUUCAGUUGUUCUUUUCUUGUCUCCUGAGCGAGCACCUCUAGGACGAUUGCAGCUGUCUGAUGAGUUAUCCUGCAAAACCCCAUGCUGGUGGCCUGUCUCUUUUUAAAUUUCCAGAGAGCGUAAAUACCUCUUUUACGUUGCUUUCUUUGUAUGGUUAUUUUUUAAAACUUCCUCUUUGGGCAGAGGUGCCAUGUAGGUCAGAGCUCUCCUCCAGGCAGGACUGAGUAGCUCAUUGCCAUCCCCUUCUCACACACAUCUUCUUUGGGAUUUUCCCUGCCUGUUUGCCCUUGCAGGCAAGGGUGGGCAAACUCUGACCUGACCUUUUCUGCUUGGGUUGGUUUGACAAUCCAGAAGGCCAAGGGGUGCAUGGGUUGUCAUUCAGGGGUUCAUAUUUCCUUUCCAUCACCACAGGGUGUCCCCCAGUCCCCACCACCACGCUGGCCCCUAUUUCUGCAGGGGGAGCGGUGGAGCUUCUGAAGGAGCUGCCUGCAGAAGCGCUUGUGAGUCAGGUCAGAGUUUCCUAAUCCCAGUUUUGUGAGUUGGGUCAGUGUUUCCCAGUCCCAGCCUCUGCAUCCACAGGGAGUUGGCAGUGAGGUAAAUCCACACCCCGCUGGUCCUUCCCCUGUGGUUUAUGGAGCUGUGCAGAAAAGAGACGGUGAUGUGAUGAGUUUAAACAUGUGGUAUCCUGUGUGUCACAGCUGCCUGGAAUUAGGAUGCUUCUCUCAGAAACCUUUAUAAUCUCUUCACUUUUUGCCUUCGAUAGGGACUAAAUAGCUCUUUACUCACUGAAUGUCAUACUGCUGCUAGUGGCAAGCUCGCACACCACCUUGCUUAAGGAGGAUAUGGAUAGCUAACCACAUCUUUCUGAAUAAACAAACAGAGAAUAAUGAAUACUGGCUGACAAGACAGUAAAGAACAGUCUUAGAAUUAUUGUAUGCAUUGGAGUCAUUCUUCCAUGUAGCUGCAGCUAUCCUAGAGCAUAUUGUCAUCAAGGGCAACAGACUGGGAUGUAAUAAUUCAGUGUAGUACUGUAGGCUCUCACAAACCCCAUGGGAUAUAUGCAUAAAGCACAAGAAAAUCUAGAUUAUAAGGAGCUGGGUGGAAAAAUUCAAGUGAAGAUUCUGAAAAGUGCUUGCAAACUGCUCAGGAAAAUAAUUUCAAAAAUAGUUAUAAAAUUUCUGCAUAUUUAGUUGUAGAGUGGCAUGCAAACUGAUUUACAGAGAAGCAAUGCUCUGGCUGACUGCUGCAUGCCAGACUCUGUAGAAAUCCAAGGUGUUACAUGUAUCUGAGUCUAGAUUGCUUGAAGAGAAGUGCAAAUACAAAAUGUGCUGUGCAUUGGAAACUCUCUGGACUGUUGCACCAGAUGCUUUCCCUUCUCACCAGCUCUUGAUGCUUUUUCUACUGGAAAUGAGCUGGAGCAGAGAAUAAAAUAGUAUUGCAAAGAGCUUACUCGUUCCUGAGAAAUACACAUGAAAUGGGCUAUUUGUAUGGGACAGGUGAGUAGCAGGUUAGUCUCGUCAACAAGGGAUGGGUUGGAAGUUCUAGCUUGGAGUUGUUCUCUCGUGGUUAGUUUGAUUGGCAAAGGACACUUGGAACCAGAUCACACAUGUAAUUUAUGCUUUAAAAGCUACUUUUACACAUUUAAUACAGGGUCAGUUGUCUGUCUGAUAAGAGGAGUCUUUUGGAACACAGUAGAAUAUUUAACCACUCAGUACUCUAAUUAACAGCACAAUAUAGUGCCUGUAAUAAUGUUUUUCAGUGCUUAUUAAUUUGAUUCAUGCAGCACUCCUGUGAGGUUGGUUUGUCGUGUCUUAAAAACACAGUUUUCGAAAGAGGGUUUAGUAUUGCCAUAACUGUAUUAAUAAUACCCAGCAGAUAAUAAAGGCAGCUUUUGAUUCCUUCACAAGAAUAACUUCAAAAUCAAUUAUUUUAAAACUCAGAAAAAUACUAUUCCCAGUUUCCCAUUCAUAGUGUCUUGGUUUAUCUUUGAAUGAAGACUCUCACUAGUGCUAGGUUUUUUGAAUGUCUUGAACUCCAUCUGUGACAUCUUAGCAUUUAUCCUUUAUGUAUACCUAAAAUCCCGAGGCAUGCUUAUACAGAAACACAGAGUUGUUUCUAUGCACAAAUGCUAGUCACACAUGCAUGCACACACACAUGCAAUAUUUGUAUGUGUCCCAGUCAAAUUUGUUAAUGAGGAAGGGUGAUUUGAUGGCUGUGAAACAGAAGAUUGCUGUCAGGUACUUGGGUUUUGUACCCAGACUUUGUGCAAGUUACUUAACCUGUAUGUGCCUCAGUUUCCCCACCUGUAAAUGGGGCUGAUAGUAAUUACCUACCUCGCAGUGGUAUUGUGAGGCUAAAUUAAUUACUGUUUGUUCAGGAUCUUCAGAGUGAAAGAAUUUUGUGAGCAUAAAUUAUUAAUAGUUUUGUUUUCUUUGUUUUACUUGUAAUUAUCACUGUUAUUAAGAAUGGUGAACUGAAACCAGCUGCAGUUACGUAUAAAUGUAACAAAUGCAUAAUCCAAAAAAGUACAUCCCUGUUAAAAAAAAAAAAAAGGUAAUAUUAUUGGAACAUAUUAUUACGUGGUAGGAUCGCAACAUUGACUGUGAUUUUGCUAAGUUACACACUAGUAUCUUAAGCUUUUCUGCAGUGUUAUUUGGUCAAAACCCUUCUAAUAAUGGUAGCAGUGAUACUUAUCAACAUUGAUAUUGAACUGUACUGAAACCAACAAAACUGGUGGUGUAUUUGCCUCAUUUGCAUCUUUUGGCUUUUUUAAACUCUUAUGUAUUUGCAGCUUUACAAACACCCUGUACUUUUCAGCGUGCUCCGAGCAGCACUGGUUUGAAGCAUUUGAACAGAGUCAUCAAGAUUUACAGCGGCUAUCUUUGCUUUCCCUUUUGCCACUGAAUGUGUGAUAUGGUUUUGGAGUGAUCCAUCCAUAUAAAGUGUUCAGAAGACAUUUAGGGAAAAUGAAUGCACAGUAUAAAUUAAUUUAAAAAAAAAAAAAGGAGGACAAUAUAAACCAAUGUAUGUUUUUAUACCCUUUAGAAAAGGGUGGUGGAAAUAACUGUGAAGAAAUAGAAGGUGCCAGCCUGAGGCAAGAUGUUGUUAUUAUCUCCAGGUAACAUCCAAUUUCUUUUAACUGUUUUAGGAUAUACUCAUUGAAUUAUAUCUUCCUGAUGGAUUUUCUGCGUUCAGUGACCAGUGUAGAGAGGAAAGUGUUUAUUCAUAUAAAGUAUAUUAUUUGUUAAAUUACUGUCCUCUGGACAGAGGCAAAUCAGCGCUUUGCCAUUAGUACAUCCUAGCACAAAGCAGUUUUCAUCUGACAUGAUUGUGACCUUAGCUGUGUUUCAGGCCUAAUAAGACAUCCCUUUAGUGGGAAUACUCUACUACUAUGUGCUGUCUCUUUAAUAGAGGUCGGCAAAAUGGAACUGCUGUGGUUCCCAUCCUCCUUACACAAACAUAUGCUCAAAGAAACCUUAGAGUUGUUUAUUAUUUUUAAGAAAUUACAUACAAGUAUUUGUUUGAAGUAACCUUUUGAUGAUGAACCAGUGGUUCUGAUAUGCUUUGAAUUUCUAGUGCUAUUUCAACUUGAAUACCAUGUUGCUAAGCUGAUAGAGUUGAAGACAAUUUCAGUUGUAGAUUUUUCCUGUGUUUCCUAUAAAACAAUGUUUUGUAUUUUUUUAUUAAUGAGGCUUUGGGGGAAAAAGAGAGACUAACAUUUUUAUUUCAUUGCACAGUCCUUGACAGUUGGAGUUGUUAUUGUGUAUACCACUGUAUUGUUUGCAUCUUCAUUUUUAUUUCAGCGUUUUAGAGGAAAGUAAGUGCAUAUUUCUCUCAAAUUAUUGGCAUUCCUCCAGGAAGAAAUUUAUUAUCAUUUACCUUCAUAAAUACUGAUUUUUGAGAUGCAAAAUUUUGUUGUGUCUUCUAAAUCCAUCAAAAAACCUGCUUCCUAGCUCAUUUUCUCUGUUCUAGUCCCAGUUGCAUGUUGCUUCUACAGCUUUCUUUAUGAGACUGGCAUGUAGCCUAAUCAUACUUGUCUAAGAAAGUUUUUCUAAAACUUCCAUUUGAAUAGCGUUUAAUUGCCUAGAAGUUACAGGAUCUGCUCAGAGCCUUUUCACAACAUUAAGUCCAUGUUUUCAUGUACUUAUUUGCUUUGGUGCAAAAGUAAUUGUGGUUUUGGACCGUGAAUUUUAAAUCAUUAUAACUGAGCUCAAAUACAUCUUUAAUAAUAAAAAUAGGAACCAUUACAAUCAACAUAGUUUGGCCAACAAGAAGUAAGUUUGAUUUUUCCUGUAGCCUAAAUAUCUGUGCUUUGGGAUUCGGUGAACUCUUGGAAAACAUUUUUGUAUCCUGCUGGUUGUGGAAGUGUUUUCCCUGCAAAAAGUUGUCAAGAUGCUUGAAGAAGUGGUAACUGGUUGGCGAGAGGUCCGGUGAAUAUGGUGGAUGAGGCAAAAUUUUGUAUCCCAAUUAGUUCAACUUCUGAAGCGUUGGUUGUGCAACAUGUGAUUGGGUGUUGUCAUGGAGAAGAAUUGGGACCUUUCUGUUGACCAAUGGUGGCUGCAGGCAUUGCAGUUUUUGGUGCAUCUCAUCGAUUUGCUGAGCACACUUCUCAGAUGUAAUAGUUGCACCGAGGUUCAGAAAGCUGUAGUGGAUCAGACAGGCAGCAGACCACCCAGCAGUGACCAUGACCUUUUUUUGGUGCAAGUUUGGCUUUGGGAAGUGCUUUGGAGGUGAUUCUUGGUCCAACCACUGAGCUGGUUGUCACCAGUUGUCGUACAAAUCCAUUUUUUGUCACACAUCACAAUUCAAUCGAGAAAUGGUUCAUUAUUGUUGCAUGGAAUAAGAGAAGACAACACUUCAAAAUAAUGAUUUUUUAAAUUUUCGGUCAGUUCCUGAGGCACUCCCUUAUCAAGCUUUUUCACGUUUCUGAUUUGCAUCAAAUGCUGAAUGACUGUAGAAUGGCCGACAUUGAGUUCUUCAGCAACUUCUCGGGUAGUUGUUAGAGGAUCAGCUUCAAUGAUUGCUCCCAAUUGGUCGUUGUCACCUUCCAAUGGCCAGCCACUAUGCUUCUCAUCUCCUUUGUGAAACUUUGUGUGACCCACCGCUGCACUGUGUGUUCCUUAGGAGUUCCUGGGCCAAAUGUGUUGUUGAUGUUACAAGUUGUCUCUGCUGCUUUACAACCCAUUUUGAACUUGAGUAAGAAAAUGACUUGAAUUUGCUUUUUGUCUGACAUCAUUUCUGUAGUCUAAAAUAAAUAUAAAAUAAACAGCAAGUAAUAAGGCAAUAGCAAAAAAACCCAUAAAGUCAGAAAAACACAUUAAAAUUAUGUAUAACAUAACCACAUUUAUGUAUUCCAAUAGCAAACAGCAAAUUUCAACAAUGCAACAGACGCAGUUUCUUUUGCACCAACCUAAUAGCUCUCUUGGUACCAUUUAAAUGCAUGUUUAUUCCUUUAAUGGAAAUAUAGAUAAUGUUUUUCCUUAUUUUUGGACUAUGAUCAUCAAAGUGACAAAUUUUGAAAUAACUCAGACCUCCAGUUAGCUUUUGCAAUUAAAAGCCUGGCCCUGCAGUCUUUUGGAAGUGUCAAGCUGUGCACUCUUAAUUUUUUAAUCUUCUUUCCUAAAUCAGCCAUUCUGCCCGACUGAUCACCUUGGCACUUUUUCUUCCAAUUCUUUUUGUAACCUCAAGCUGGAGGGAAUGCAGAAGGAUUUUUCAAUGUCAAGAUGGACAAACGCUUUCCCAAUCUGAACAGCAAUGUCGUGUGGACAAAGCUUUUAUUUUCCCUUUCUUUCAAAGUUUGUUGCAUAGAGCAGAGAGGUUAGACUAAAGGUUAGGGAAAUAAGAACUUGCAAUGGUACUUCAGGAUGGUAUGAAGAAUAAACAAUGCAUUCCUAUUAGAAUUUUUUUUCCUGAAAUUGAUACGUACAGCAAAUUACUUUCAUGACUUUUAAUAUGUGAGUUCUUAUUUCAUUAAGUCUUCAGUCCUGACCUUUUCCCUCCUGUUAAGUGGAGGAGCAGAUUAUGUAAAAUACGAAUUGUGGAGCUGUGUAUGACCAAAUAAAGGAUUUUCGUUCUUUUAAUCCCUUUUUUUUCCUUAUGUGAAGCUUGUCAGGAUUACAGUUUUCAGCUAGUUUAUGUACUGGUAGCUGAGAUGAUCUUCUGGAAGACAGUGUGUGAGACAAGAAGUACUGGAAGGUUUAGAAAUGCAUACUCUGAAGUGCAAUGAUAUAGCUGUGUGAACAGUGCUAGGCUAUGAAUAUGCUGGACAAAACAAAAUCUUUAUCAAAGAGCUGUUAUGCUUUCUAUUAAAGUACUUUUUAAAUAAUAUAUCUAAAAAUACAUGUUCUUAAUUGCAUACUCUUUGUCUCUGUCUCUCUCUCCCCUUCCAGAUUGAUUUUUCUUUUAGGAGUGACAUUUACUAGCCCUGAAAAAAAUGGAUUCUUUCCCGUACACAAGUAAUUCUGUUUAAAAUUAUUUCCUUGCAAAUGCUGAAAACAUUACACAGACUUGAGCUUUAUUGAUCAGACUUGAUUUCUGAGUUUCUGUAGAAUUUGCAUCUUUACACUAAUUUGUUCAAAUACAGUGGGCAUAAAUCCUCUUUGGGCAGCAAUAAUACAUACAGUAGUACAUGGUGCUACUUAAAUAUUAAUAAUAUGCCUUUGUUGCACAUAUUUUUAAUGAUACGAUAAGGCUAUUAACCACCAGGAAGGCCAGGUGUUCCAAAUCAUUUGCUUAGCAUGUCUUAUAUUUCUAUGCUAUCGGUUGCUGAUUUUAGCCAGCUUUUGAUACUUUAGUUCUUUCUGACAGUGUCUGCUCUCAAAGAUCAAAGGGCAAGAAUUGGCUUAUUCUCUUUUUUUAAAAAAAAAAAAGGUAUUAAUUAAUGCCAUUUGCUUAUUAAUUCAAACACUUUAAAAAGGAAAUUUUUCUGAAAUGGUGAAAGAGAUGCUUUUUAAUGAGAACAGCUCAUAUGGGAAAACAGCAGACUUGUAUCCACACAUAAUCUGUAAUUCUUGUGGAUUAUAGGGCUAUGAAGCUGGUGAAGGGUUUGGAGAGGAAGCUGUAUGAGGAGCAGCUAAAGUCACUUGGUUUGUUCAGCCUGGAGCAGAGGAGACUGAGGGGAGAUGUCAUGGUGGGAGGAGGAGGGGCAGGCAUUGAUCUCUUCUUUCUGGCGACCAAUGACAGAACCCAAGGGAAUGGCAGGGAGAUGUGCCAGGAGAGGUUUAGGUUGGACAUUAGGAAAAGGUUCUUCACCCAGAGGGUGCUGGACACUGGAACAGGCUCCCCAGGGAGAUGUCAUGGCCCCAAGCCUGACAGUGUUCAAUAAGAGACUGGACAAUGCCCUCAAACACAUGGUGUGAACUGGGGGGUUGUCACAGGCAGGGACAGGAGUUGGACUCAAUGAUCCUUGUGGGUCUCUUCCAACUCUGGUCAUUCUAUGAUUCUGUGACUACACAGAACUCUGUAGAAGCAGCAGCAUACACCCCAAACAUCAGUAACAUGCACGUAGGUGGUUUGCAGAUGAUAAAAUUAGUCUAAAGGAGAAUAUUUAAUACACCACUUAUAUGUCCCAGAUUUACAGAAGGGCUUUUAAAUGGUUAAGAUUACAGUGUCAUCACAAACUUGGAAGAUGCUCCAUUUGCUUGUAAAUACGCUCCCUUCUUUGUUUGGGGUUCAUCUUCUGAGAUGCAGAACCCCUCAGAGAAGUGACUUUCUUGUUUAAUGCUUCCAACUUUUUCCUAAGUCGUUAGUGAAACUUUAUAGAAAAAAUGUCUGAAUUGCCAUUCUCCUCUGUUUCUCUUCAUUUCUUCCCCCUUCCUUUUUUUUUGUUUUCAUGCAUUUGUUCUGUUUCAUUAUUGCUGCUGUUUUUUGUUCUGCCUUGCCUGCCUCCUCCUUCUGAUGACAGUUCUCUGCAGUCCACUUUUUCUUCUUUGCUUUUCGUUUUGCUUUAUGUUCUGUUUCUAUCUGUGGUGUUGUUGUAGUUCCCCUGUGCUUUGCAGCCCGAUGUUCCUGCUUCUUUCCCACUUUCAGGAUUUUUUUAAUCCUUUCACUUUUAAUUUUGCUUCAUAUUUUCUCUAGAUCUUGCUGGAACUCUUCCCUUUUGCCUGUCUAGGACUUCUCUCAGCUGCUUGUCCCAGAGAGCAUGUACUUCCAUUCUGAGAUGUGGAUGAGUGUUGUACUCCCUGGAAAAACAAAUAACUUGCGUUUUCCACUCUCAUCCAUGUAUAUAUUGAGUUUGCUGUCAGUCUGUAGUGGAAAAUAUGUAUUUCAUUGACAGACAGCUAUAUCCAUUAUCUCCCAAAUGCCUCCUUCUGCCUUAUUUUGGGUUGUGGGCAUGAGACAUGGUGUUUGCAUGAGCUUUGUGGGUCACAGAAAGGGGGCUGGCUUGCUUUGCCAGGCCUUCCAGCUGGCAGGUACAGAAUUGCAGCGAGGCUGGGCAGAGACAUCUUGCCAAUAGUUGGGCUGCGCUUGUGUUUUAAUGUGGGAAAUACUGAGGCCGAGCUAGUACAUAGCCUGUAGGUGAAUUGUUACAACCUGAUGCUGAAGAAUACAUGAGGCAAAGAGGGUGCACUGCUAACUGAGGAGCAGGACCAGGGAUCAUUACUCUUGGGAGCAAUUUGACGUGUCAGGUUUGUGUGAUGGGUGUGUACACAGACUCUCCUAGAGGCAGAGGCAAAUGGCUUGCUUUCAAGUUCCAUAAAAUGCAAGUUUAAGCAAAGUUACCUUAUAGGUUUGACAGAAUCUUCUUGUUAGAGGAGCUUGGAGAAAUUAAUAGGAAUAAGAUAACUGAAAAACUCAGUGGUAUCUUUGAGCCUGUGUUAGAGAGAGAAUGUAUGUGUGAAAGAUGCAGGAGGGAGAGGAGCACAAGACUAAACAGGACAGGGAAAAGCAGGGAGAAAGACAGUGUUACCAGUGUGUCUGAUUUUGCCACAAGUUGUUGAUUUUGCUUUGCUUAAGGCUUGGAGCUUACUUUAAUUCAUAAUGGCAACUAUUUUCAGAUGUUUGUUGCAUGCAGAGACUUUAAACCUAAGUCUAAGUUGAUGCAGCACAGGGAACAUGCAAAAUUAUCAGUAUUUCUGCCCAUAAUUUAAGAGGGAUCUGACUCGCAGCAACAUCCUGCUUGAGGUGCAUGGAAAAGAGAUUUCUUCUCAGGAGCCACGAUGCAUGUAUGUGCGCUCCAGAGGUAGCUCCAGUGUAGGUUUCCUUCUGACAUGAUUGUGGGGCAUUUUCACUGAGCUAGGAGGCAGGGGAGAAGAAUUAUUUUAUAGGGUCUGUGUCUUGGAUUUAUACUGCUUACAUGUAACUUGCUAGAAUUCCUUUCUGAUCUGUAAUUUUAUCGUGUUUAGAGAUGGUGAAUGGAGUUGGUAUAGUAUUCCUGAGGGUAAACACCAGCCACUGGAGUUUACUGAAUAUGUGUCUAGAAAUUUUAAUUUUAGGAGCACAGUGUCACCAUUUCGUAUACACACCAGGCAUUUGAGUACAACCCCUUUUUUUUUUUUUUUUUUAUUUAUCUCUGGCAAGCUCUGAUUUAUUUCCUCAUGGGUGCAGGUCAUGGACUGUGCUUGCUGCAGUGCACAAGGCUCUGGAGGGAAAAUGUAAUCAAAUUGAGAAGUACACUUGAAUUUUCUCUUGAUCCCAGUCUCUUCUGAGUUGCUUUUCUCUGAUUAUGGUUCUGCCAGUAAACUGGGUUGAUGGCAUUUUUAUCCUCUUCUGUGUGGCUGAGAAAAAAAAAUGCCAGCAAAAAUUUCCAGAGGAAUAGCAGAUUGGAAGAGAUAGGGAACUUGAUCAGCUGGCAGGACACUUUUGUGCUUUAUUUACCAUUUGUUUUCACAAUUAUGUACAGCUACUGUGAUUUAUGUUAACCAUAGAUACAGUUUCCUUGCAAAUGGGGAGGUGGUUCUAAAGACUAUGGCACCAGUGCAUUGCAGCGUGGCUUUGAGAGACAUCAGCUAUCACCCUUCCUCACCUAAAUGAAAUUAUCAUAGGAUCAUUGCUCUGUGUUUAUGAAGCUGAAUAUCAGUUCACCCUGGAUUAAGUAUUGGAGGAAGAUUUGGAGAGGUAAUAAUACUUGGAAUGGGAGAAUUUUCCAUUUUAAGAGUAAAGGAUAAAUACUGGCAUAUUUACAGUACAGCUGUGGCUCUUUCAGCAUAGGUGGGUCCAGCAUGACUCAUUCCAGACUUGGACAGCUAGAUCAUACUGAUUUUGCUGGUAUUAUCCAUACUAAUAAAAGGAGAAAAAAUGGGCUGUUAAACCAACCACAAACAAUAUUUUCUUGCUCGUUAGUGCUAAAGCUCUUGGUAAAGUUGUAAAAGCCAAUAAAAUGAAAACUAGACUUGACAUACUUCUUGUGAACAUUCACAAACAUUUCUCUGCCCUGUUGUUCAUGUUUAUUGUUUAUUUGGCAUAGCAGGGCCAAAUUCUACCCUAAUUUAUGACCACACAGUUCCAUGGAUGUUGUGAGUACAGCUUUGUGUUAUGGAAGAAAAACACUCACCCACAGCGAAUUUGAAAUGGAGCUGCAGGUUAAAAUCAGUCAUCAUCUUGCUGCAUCUGUAUUCACACAGGUGAUGGGCUGGUUUUCACCUGUAAUUCCUAUUCCUGUGGUUAACACGAGAGUACUUCGGAUAGAUGUAAGCUAAUUACAACCAAGGUAGAACUUAGUUUUUGAACUACUUGCAACUGCUUUUCGAGAACGUGAUCAGCAACUGCUUAACACUGUAUUUCUAACCGGAUUUCUGACAAAGGGACGUUUAAAUCCUUGUAAAAGCUCUUUUAGCAGUCAGCAGUAUGCUAUAGUACAUACCUUUAACAUACAUGACAACACUGUCCUCUCGUUUUGCCUUUGCACAACUAGUGUUUGUGAGAACAGUACAUGCCUUUUCCUAAUUUUGUUUCAGGAGACCUUGACUUUGAGCAGGUUUCUUUGUAUACGGUAUCAGGGCUCAACGGAAGAAUUAAAUCAACCUAUAAUUGGUGCAUUGUCAUAAAGGGGGAAAAGCGUUAUUUGUAUAUUUUUGUAAAUAUGUAACAUUUAAUGGCAGUUUUGUAGUGAUGUGCUGUUUUUGAGAAAAAAAAAAUAAAAUAUAUGUUUGAAUAUGCUUAAUGUAACACUUAACUGUGAUUCAAUUGCACAAUUAAUAGCUUAAUCAGAAGUCUUGUGCAAUAUGUAGUGCACACGCAUAACCAAUAUCUGUUAGCGAUCCACAACAAAGUUUUCAGCAACUUCUAACGAUGGUGAUGAACUGCGCAGUACAGUUUAUCACGGUCUCUUUCAGCUUCCAGACAUGUAGCAGGCAAACUACUGUAUACGUACCUGUGUACUCCACUGCAUCCAAAGGUAUGCAUUUGUCCUGAGAACCUGCACUACAGGUUUUUCUUUAAUAAAAUUUGGUUCUAAACUA